AUGCAGCAACGAGAUUUUUUCAACCGCGCAUCAACCGCUGACUGGAGCUAUUUCCGGUUCCUAAGUGGCUCGUGUUUCCCCAUCGCGGGCUGCAUGGGGCAGAGCGGCUCGCACACAGAUGGCACGGACUCUUGCGCAAGGUCUGCCGCCCCGCGCCUCUACCGGAGCCCAUUCACAGUCUCCCGCCACCGUAACCCGACUCCAUCAUCCGCCGCCCCUCGUCAGCCCCGAGAGCACUGCAGCACCGCGAGCGGGCCGCCUCUGAGCCCCAGCAGACGGAACAGGGCGUACCGGGCGGCAGUGGUGAUCGAAGGUGAGGUGUUCGCGCUGCCCGAGAACGUCUCCGUGGAGCCGUACAGUGUGAAUGUCAGGGUGCUGGACGUGUGGCCGGUGAACGGCGGCGGGCUGGAGCGCGAGCAGCUCGUCACCGUGGGGGAUUUCGGCACCGAGGCGCCGUGCGUGCUCUAUUCAGAGCGUCUUUUGCUCCUCUGGACGCCGGCGAGAGGAACCUCAAGAAGGAGGUGGAGAGCAUUCUGUGUGAGGACUGGCGCCUCUCCUCCUAAGCUGCGUCCACUCAGAGGUCAGUCGUUGGCCGAGGGCGAGAAGCUGCAGCUGCGCUGUGAGGUAACCGACGGCAACCCGGGCCCCGCCUUCCGCUGGUACAAGGACGGCAGCGAGCUCAAGAAGAGCCGAGACAUCAAAAUCAAAUCCAACAAGAAAAGCUCCAAGAUGCAGAUUAGUCGAGUGCGGCUGGAGGAUGCUGGGAAUUACUCGUGUGUGGCGGAGAACAUACUAGGCAGAGACAACGCCAGCAGCACCGUUAGCGUGCACAGCUUCACCACCACGCUCUCGCCAGCGUCCAGCCACUCGCGCCCGUGCAACGAGACCGAGAAGACCCACUGUGUGAACGGGGGCGACUGUUACGUCAUCCACGGUUUAAACCAGCUCUCCUGCAAGUGUCCAAAUGACUAUACUGGUGAUCGCUGUCAACAGUCCGUCAUGGCCGAUUUCUACAAGCAUCUCGGAAUUGAAUUUAUGGAGGCAGAGGAGCUGUACCAGAAGAGGGUCCUGACGAUAACGGGCAUCUGUGUAGCACUGCUGGUGGUUGGCAUUGUGUGUGUAGUGGCAUACUGCAAGACCAAGAAGCAACGUAAGAAGAUGCAGCAGCACAUGCACCAGAACAUGUGUGCGGAGCCCAACCGCAUGCUGGCCAACGGCCCCAACCACCCCGGCCCAGCACCAGAGGAGAUCCCCAUGGUGGACUACAUCUCUAAGAACGUUCCGGCAUCAGAGCGAGUGACACGCCACGGAACCGAGACAUCGGGGAACUUCUCAGGCAGCCGCAUUUCCUCCAGAUCCCACCACUCCUCUACAGCCAGCCAUGCUUCCAGUCACAGACAUGAGGAGCGGACGUGGAGUAUGGAGCGCUCGGACAGCAUGAACUCAGACUGCCACUCGGGGGCGCUGUCCUCCUCCGUGGGCACCAGUAAGUGCAGUAGCCCGGCUUGCAUGGCUCGCCGGGCCGCCACCCACUGCGCCCACCCAGAGAGCCCUGGGCGGCCCCCACUCUCCUACAGGGACUCCUACGACUCACUGAUGGACUCCCCUCACAGCGAGAGGUAUGUGUCGGCACUCACCACACCUGCUCGCCUCUCCCCAGUGGACUUUGGGCAGGUCCCUACCUUCCAGAUCACCACCCCCAACGCCAGCCAUGCCCUCUCCCUCCCCCCAGCUGCUGCCGCCGCCAUGGCAACAUACCCCAUUGUCGACGACGACCAGCCGCUGCUGCGCCGCUACCAUCGCUCGCGGCGACCGUGCUACACGGCGGAGAGCACGGGGUCUCUGCCGUCCAGCCCGUACCGGCUGGCGGACGACGACGCGUACGAGACGACGCAGGAGUACGCCGGCGCUCGGGAACGCUCCCGCCGGACCUCCCGCCGCCCGCGCCGCUCUCGCAACUCGCACGCCACGCACAGUUCCCAUAGCAACCUGUCGGACAGCGAAUGGGACGAGGAGUAUGGGUGGGGUGGGGCAGAACUGGGGCACGGCGAAAGCACUCCCUUUCUGAGCGCGCUCAAUAUGAACUCGCCAUCUCCAGAGCCGGCCACCAUCUACCGGCCAACACACACGCCCACACACACACCCUGCCUGGCCAACCCGCCGCGCCGCAUGCACGGCAGACUCUCACAGCCCCGUGGCAGGCCGAACAACGCACCCCUUUAAUCACACACACACACACACACACAAACAAACACACACACACACACAAACACACACACACACAUAUAACACACGUUCAUGAGCAGCCACACAUGCACUCAUGUGCUCCCCUGACAUGACUGAAAAGUCAGACUCAAGUCAACCUACCACACACACACACACACACACACACCACACAUACACACACACACACAUACACACACACACACACACACACACACACACACACACAAACAGUAAUACCAUAGACCUGCACCAAUAAGAAAUAUUUUUAUUUUAUAUAACAAACAGAUAUUCUAAACAAAUGAAAUAUUUAUUUUCAUUUCAGCAAAACUUGUCUACUAGCUAGCAGCGAAGACUUUUUUUAUAGGGGAAACUAUUUAUAUGUUGAUUAAUUUCACUUUACGAGCAUUAUGUGAAAAACGGAAAAAAAAAACAAAUCAAAAGAGAA